AUGUUGCAGGUCGACAUGCGUGUAUCUGCGGAUGUGCAUGUUGACCGGGGGGCCCUCGCUGGCUGCUCCUUCGCCACCUCGCCUUUGCAUUUUGUCUUGCUUGGCGGUGGGGCCGCGAGCAAGGGGAAACGCGUCAGCUGCGUGGCACUGGCGGCCGCGAUAUCAAUGUGCGUUCAGCUGGAGCUGAGGGCUCGGGGUUCCAAGGGCAUGUGGGCCACGAACAGGUUGGGCGUUGACGUCGCAAGCCUUCGGAGGCGCGCGACCAAAGUCCAGCGGCGUAGAUGGCAAUCCCUGCUCUCAAGGCUCUACAGGUUCAGUGGAUUUGAAUCCUCCUUCUCGGGCAUGCACAGGGUUCUCGAGACAGGCGGGGCCCAAUCGGCCUUCCACGGCAUGCGGGUCACGGGCAUGUCCCCCGAUCAAUUGGCACCGCUUAGCGCCGUCGUCGGCAGCGCUGCGUUUGGGCCCGCUCGGGGCCGCAGUGGGACCUUCAAGUCGCUCUUCAAUCAGGAUCGCAAGCCGGGCCCCGCCAACCAGCGAACUGGGCCCGCUUGGCACGCGGCACCAGGCCAUCGCUCCAUGCUGGCCACGUGCUGCACGCACUACAGGGGCAUCGCGGGCGGGAUCCCGCUUGGCCUCUCCACGUUCGGCCGCCACCCCGUCGCGCCCCUCGUCGAGCAGGGCACAUGCCGCCAGUUGUUGCGUUACGUGUCUGUCGCGUCCCCUGAUGGCAGGGUUAAGCAGCCGCUGAUCGCGGUGAUUCGUGAGGGUCUUUAG